AUGCGGGGCAUAUCGUUGUUGUCGUUCGUUCUCUUUCCCCUCAUCUCUGUACCUACCGUCUUUGCAUCAGAACAACAACCCUUCGAAUACGGCGCUAUGUCUGCACCACAGUACACUCUUCCUCCGCUGCCAUAUGCGUACGAUGCGUUGGAGCCGCACAUCUCCGCCCAGAUCAUGGAGCUGCACCACAGCAAACACCACCAGACGUACAUCACCAACCUGAACGGGCUUCUCAAGACCCAGGCCGAGGCUGUUUCAGCCUCCGACAUCACCUCUCAGGUCUCCAUACAGCAAGGCAUCAAAUUCAACGCUGGUGGUCACAUCAACCACUCGCUCUUCUGGCAAAACCUUGCACCUGCUAGCUCGAAUGAGGCCAAAACCUCUGCUGCGCCGGAGCUCGUCAAGCAAAUCAAGGCGACAUGGGGUGAUGAGGACAAGUUCAAGGAAUCCUUCAACGCCGCUCUGCUGGGUAUCCAAGGAAGUGGAUGGGGCUGGUUAAUCAAAACCGACAUGGGCAAGGAGCAAAGGCUGUCUAUCGUGACGACCAAGGACCAAGAUCCUGUUGUUGGUAAGGGCGAGGUUCCCAUCUUUGGUGUCGACAUGUGGGAGCAUGCGUACUAUCUCCAAUACCAGAACGGCAAGGCUGCCUAUGUCAAGAACAUCUGGAACGUCAUCAACUGGAAGACCGCGGAGGAGCGUUACCUAGGAUCGCGCGCAGACGCGUUCAGCGUGCUCAAGGCAUCCAUCUAA